AUGCUCUCGCGCCAUCCGUUCCUUAUCCCUGCAGCACUUCUCCUUGGAGGCGCCUCCGCGUCGCAGUUUGCCACUAAUGCCGUAACACAGCAGUCCGCGGCCGUCUUGAAUUCCGUCGUCCAGAUCGGCGAGUACGAUGACGACGACGCUCUAUACCUCACCACUCCCCGAGGAACGGAUGUCGAGAACCCUGUACCCAUGAUCUUCGACCGUAACGGGACAGCUGUGUGGAUGGCCGACUCGACGUAUGCCAAUGCUUUCGAUAUGAACACUGGCUAUUACAACGGUAGCCAGGUGUUGACUGUAUGGACUGGAACUGUCUUCAGUAGCGGGCACGGCGCUGGCGUGUGCUCCUUGCUAGACGAUACCUAUAGCAUCGUUGCCAACGUCACUUCAGUAGGAUCUGAAGGCGCUGACAUCCACGAGUGCCACAUCCCGUCGUCGACCAACUCGAGCGCCCUCAUUACCGUGUACAACACCAUCCCUCUCGACCUAUCAUGUUGCGGAGGUACAUCGGAUGGCUAUCUCACCGACUGUUGGUUUCAAGAGGUCAACAUCACGACCGGCGAGCUGAUCUUCAACUGGAGCGCCGUCGAGCAUAUCCCUCUUCAGUACAGCUACGCUGCACCGGGUGGUUCUGGAACGGAAGAUGAUCCAUGGGACGCCUAUCACUUCAACUCGAUCGACAAGGACGCAGACGGCAACUACCUUAUCUCUUCGAGACAUCUGCAUCAGCUCUUCCUCGUCAACAAGACUGACGGAGAGAUCAUCUGGACUAUGGGCGGAAUGGUGAGCAACUUUACGAUGGGUAACGGCACGAACUUCGAGUGGCAACAUCAUGCUCGCUUUCACAACGACUAUACCAAGAUCUCUCUGUUCGAUAACGCCGCGGCUGACUGGGAACAUGACGAAACUACGGCCCGCGGCCUACUCAUCUCAUUCGAUACGAGUACUUGGAAUGCUACGCUGGAUAUGGAGUUGCUUCCAGAGCCCUACCAGAAUUACUCGAACUCUCAAGGAUCAGUGCACCAGAACGCAGAUGGCACUUGGACUGUCGGUUUUGGCUCUAAUCCCUGGAUGACGGAGUACACCUCGGACGGUACGGCCACCUUUGCGAUGACGCUCGGCGACUCGAAUCCGCCGAUGAACGGGGCGAUCCAGAACUAUCGCUGGUUUAGAGUCAAUUGGGAAGGGAACCCCGCAGAUCCCCCUGCUCUCGCCAUCAACAACAGCAUCGCCUAUUUCUCGUGGAACGGGAAGACCGCGGUCCGGUCGUAUGACCUCCUCGGAGGCUCGGAUGCGGAUAGCCUGUCGACGGUCUCGACGCAUGUCCGUGCAGGCUUCGAGACGAACGUGUCGCUCAGCGACUUCUCGCAUGACUAUAUCGGCGUACUGGCACGCGACAAGAGCGGGAAUGAACUGGGUCGCAGUGCUGUCCUUGCUGUUUCAAACGGGAGCGCCGUCGCUUCGGGUUCGACGACCAAUAGCACUACAACGGACAGCGCCUCAAGCAGCGCCCUAUCCCUCGCGGCGGGCCAGAAGGUCAUUCUUGCUGUCGCGGCCAUGACCACUGGCGCUUUGUCUUUGCUUUAG